AAGUUGCUUAAGAGAGUUUUGUAAUCUCCCAUGUAUGGUUCAGGUGUAAAAGCAUUACACUCCAGGCUUUAGUUAUCGGAGCCCAGCCUUAGCCCACACUAUACUCUUACUAACUCAUUGACUAGAAAUAGAACCGAAAACAAAACAGAAUUGAAAAAGGAAAAUGGGAAAAUCAUUCACACUAGUUCAAACAGUAACCACAGCCGGAGUUUUCUCUGCCGUUUCCUACUGGUAUGGUUUCAUGUUUGGAAGAGAAUCAGCUCGGAAAGAGCUUGGAAACUUAAUUGAAGAUCUUCGCCGUGGAAAUCCGAAUUCAAUUGAAGAGAAUCAGCUCGGAAAGAGCUUGGAGACUUAAUUGAAGAUCUUCGCCGUGGAAAUCCGAAUUCAAUUGAAGAGAAUCAACUCGGAAAGAGCUUGGAGACUUAAGAGAUCCUUGGGAUUUUGACUUUUAACUCCUCCUCUUCUUCUGUGUUAUAGUGAGUUAAUUGUUUCCUGCCAUAAUUAUUUUUUUUGCUCCUUUUAUUUUUAAAGGAAAAUCUGUGCAUUGUGUAAUAUUGCUGCUGAUCUUAACAAGCAUUGGCCUAAUGUUAUUAAUUAACGCGUAGCUUUUUUUUAUUUAA